AGCAUCAUCUCCCCAGAUCGACGUCAAUUCCACGUCGUUGUCUGUUCGUCGCCAUCGCAGUCAGUCGUGUUUGUAGCGUGAAGGAGAAAAGUGUUUUUUAGCCCAAUUUGGCUCGCGAAAGAUAUUGAGUUGAACAUAAAAAAUACGAGAACGACAUUGUGAAAUCAGUGCAUUCGAAAUCAAGUACAUGAAGUGUAAAUCUAAAAUCUACUACAGUGUGUGAAGUGUAUGUGUUAUUUGAAAUUUCAGUGAUUAAUGAUGUUGAGAAGUGCCGCAACAGAAAUUGAACCCUAAUUUCUUGCAGCCGUGAUUUGAUGUUUAGCUUACAGUUUAAGUGUAUGGAUGAAUUGAAGAAAAAAAGCCCUUUUAAAAUGCAGGGCUGCACAGUGCAUUUGGAUCACGCGUUAGUGGAACAACAAUAGGAAUAUCGGUGUCGUGAUGCAGACGGGCUGUUGAAGUGUACGUACUUGAAUUGGAAAUCAAAUAGUUAUUGAGAUUUUAAACGACCUCCACAUGGAGCAGCGAAAAGCUGCUUUGGGUUGAUUAAGAAAUGUACAUUUAAAACAUACUUUUUUUGUAUGUACUGGUCCGUAGUUCAUCAUGUAGUGGAGUAUAUGCCGAUUAAACCUGCCACUACUUACCAUUGACAGAUAUAAUGUUGGUGUUUGGUGCAAGAAAGUUGUGAAUUGCCAACAAAACAAAAUGUCGACGACAAAAUGAAGUGAGCGAUGAAUAUCAAGUGUGGUUUACUCUACAGUGCUUAAACGAGGAUUGAUAAUAGUGCAAUUUGUAUCACUUAUAUUCCGUGUCAGGAAAUUAUAAAAAUGGACUAUGUAUCGUGCAAGAAAAAAAAAACUCAUGAAUAACUUACACAUUUAUGAGAAAGAAUUGAAACUGGCAAAAAUAUUUGAAAAUGUUUCAAUUCGUCACAAUCUAUUUCGAUCUAAACAUACGUAAGAAAAAACGAACACAUCAUCGUGUUGUGAUUACAUACAGCAAUCACAUGAACUACGAAUAAAAAGUGCAACUAUAACAAACGCGAAGAGAUGUAAAAUUGUAACGCAAUAACGGUGCGGUGUUUUAAAACGUGGCAUAAACCUACAAGUAAUGUAGGGUCGAUUUGAAAUGAUGUUUGUCGGUAUGAUAUGUGUUCGACACAUGAACGAUCGUGGAAGUAAUAAUCAGUAACUAUACAUAAAAGCACAAUUGUUGCUUCACCUUAACCAAGAUGAGCGAUACGCAUCUGUUGAACACUAACGAUGCGCCUGAUGAAUAUUACGAUGGAUGUGACUUGACAAGCGGCUUGUUUUGGCAUGAAUUAGGCACCUUUUUAAAAUAUGAACGUGAGCUGAAGAAUCAGUGGUUAUCCUUGAGUUUAUUUUGUUCAUACUACCUUCCUAUUCGUAAAUACAGUUGGUCAACUGAUAUCAGCAUAAACAGCGAAUCUGUUACACGUGCAGGUAACAGUAAUAGCAAUAGGAACAUGAUUAACAAUCACGUUAAAAAUCAUCAUAAGGAUAGGAAGAGUGAUAGUGGUUGCUAUAUAGAAAAUGAUAGUCGUUGGAGCAUUGUGCAUUGCUUUGCGAACGAGUACCUUAGAGGUGUGAGACGACACAGUCGCACUAGCCUGUGGAAGCGAUGGCGCUGGAAAAGAAUUUCUGCAAUUGGAAAGGCACUCUUUUUCUUCUAUGUGAUCACAAUAAGCGCAAACGUCGUAGCAACUCAAGGAACGGAUUCUUUGCAGAGCACAAAUCGGAUUGGGGCAUCAUCUCCAAAGGAAGAAGCUGUUAUAGUAAGCUCUGGUGAAGUGUGUUCGAGCGUCGAUGUACGUAAUACACCUCUUCAUUUGGAACGAUUAAGAAAAUGUCGAGUGGUGGAGGGCUUCGUACAGAUUAUGCUGAUUGACAAGUAUGGCAACGACAGUUUUGACAAUUACACCUUUCCAUUGCUUACGGAAAUUACGGGAUAUCUGCUGUUGUUCCGUGUUAAUGGACUGCAAACUCUGGGGCAGCUUUUCCCGAAUCUGACCGUCAUCAGAGGUAGCGAGCUUGCUAACAACUAUGCUCUAGUAGUUUACGAAUUAAUGCAUAUAAAGGAGCUGGGUCUUACUUCAUUGAUCGACAUUCAGCGAGGAGGUGUACGGAUUGAGAAAAAUCCUAAUUUAUGUCACGCAGAUACGAUUGAUUGGAAGACAAUAGCACCUGAAGGAGAGAACUGGAUAAAGGCUAAUCAAGAUGCAAAUGAAUGCACAACUUGUCCGAGUAAUGUUACCGUUUUACUUCCAAAUGGAAUGACGCAGAUGAUCAGAUGUCCAUCGCGAGAGGUAAAUCGUCUGAUUCACAACGAUAAACCAAGCCAUCUAUGCUGGUCAUCAAACCACUGCCAACAAAAAUGUCCUACAAGCUGUCCGAAAUCAUGCACAAAAACUGGUGAAUGUUGCAACACAUCCUGUCUUGGUCAGUGCAGCAGUGGAAAUAAAUCGCAAUGCAUGGUGUGUCGCAAUUACUAUUAUAUUCAAAACAAUCACACUCGGUGUGUGGACAAAUGUCCAGAUCAUAUGUUCCUGUUUAGCGAAAGCCGGUGCUUAACGGAAGAAGAAUGCUAUAAGUUGUACAAACCACUUCAGCGAGUUGCUGAUAUUACCGAUGAUCAUCCGUAUGUUCCUGCACAGGGUGAAUGUCGGCUUGAUUGCCCUGUAGGAUAUACUUUGACGCCCGCUCCUGGGACUCAACGGCUAACCUGUGUUCCAUGUAAGGGCCCGUGUCGCAGUGAAUGCAAGGGCAUGGUUAUUGAAAGCAUAUCACAAAUACAACAAUUACGCGGAUGUACGAUCAUUCAAGGAUCUCUUUCUAUUCGAUUGAGACAACUUGGGGGAGAAAAUGUCGUUCGUGAAUUGGAGAAAGUUCUUUACUCGAUCGAAGAAAUUUACGGCUAUCUCACCAUUGUUCGUUCUUAUGCUCUGAUGUCUUUAGGAUUUUUCAGGAAUCUAAAAAUCAUCCAUGGCACUGUUCUAAAUGCAAAUCUUUCGUUGAGUGUGAUCGAUAAUCAGAAUCUUCAAGAACUUUGGAAUCAAAAUGUUACCAUAAAGCGUGGUAAUGUUCGUUUCAAUGACAAUCCAAUGUUAUGUGUGAAGAAAAUUACUUCUCUAAAAAGCCAUUUCGGAGAUGGUGUGGGCAUUGAAAAUGAAGAACAGUUAAAUAAAACUAACGGGGUUCGAGUAGCUUGUGAAAUUAAGAAGCUAAGAACAAAGCCGACGAAGAUAUCGUUAGAUUCAGUUAUUAUCCAAUGGGACUCAUUCAAAGACCUGCCAGACAUGCGGCAACUACUCGGAUACGUCGUAUACUAUAUUGAGGCACCGCACGAAAAUGUUACGUUCUAUGACGGACGCGAUGCUUGCAACUCGCAAGGAUGGCGUGUUGACGACGUGGCUAACAUGCAGGAAUUAGACCAGGCAACACACAUUCUGACACGGUUGCAACCUUUCACACAGUAUGCAUAUUACGUUAAAACGUAUACAUUGUCUUCAGAGAACCUAGGUGGGCAAACGGAUAUUACGUACUUUCGAACUUCACCCGGCACCCCAAGAAUCAUUCGAGAUUUACAUGUUUACAUAGAAAAUAAUACGCUGGUUGUUUCAUGGCAAGAACCGACAAAAAUAUAUGGGAAACUAUCAGCAUACAAAAUAGGUGCAACCUUAAACGACGAGCGAAAUGACAUGAUAAAACAACGCAAUUAUUGUCAUGAUGAAAUAGAAAAACCCGAAACAAAGCCAAACAUCCCUGUAGAAAGUACAUCAAUUGCUACUACAGCAUCCCCGGUUAAAGAUAAUCAAAAUCAAUGCUCAAAGGAAGAGUGUGCGGCUUUCUGUUCGGCAUCAGGCGUAACGGAGUCGGAGAGUGGAUUGAAGAUAGAUGUAAAUGAGGUGGAGAUGUCAAUAGGCUUCGAAGAUUGGUUGCAUAAUUAUGUUUACAUCAAAAAUCCAAAAUCCAGUCGAAAACGGCGGGAAGACAGCGGAAGCAGUGCAACUGUCCCAGCUGGGAACAACUCUUACAUAUUUCCAUCUAAUACAGAAAACAAGCCAAGAAUAGCUUCAAAUUACGAGAGCAUGAAAGAUCCCAACGAAGAAUACUACCGGACCCUCGGAGAAACAACUAAUCAAACACGAAUUACAUUUCCCCUAUCAUAUUUCAAACAUUUUGCGCUUUAUACCUUUCGAGUCCACGCUUGCCGUGAGCAGGCGACUAAGGUACCUGGGGUAGUGGUGCAAGAUAUGGCAGAUUUAUGUGGUUCAGAAGUGUUAUUUAUAUAUCGAACACCUACAAAACCAGACGCAGACGACAUACCGCUAGAUUCUAUCGAACUUGACGAUCAGUCUAACCAUACCCAACGUGUAAUUCGAGUGCGGUGGAAGGGUCCGUCAAAGCCUAAUGGGGCAUUAGUGUCUUACUCGAUAAAGUAUCAUCGAACUGAUCUAGAUUCAGUGCAACCCACUGUGCGCUGCGUUACUGUGGAUGUACACACAUCGCUUGGGUAUGCUUUACUAACAAAGUUAGAUGCAGGAAACUAUAGCAUACGUAUUAUGGCCACAACGACCGCAGGCAAUGGUCCAUAUUCUCCUCCGAAAUUUCUGAGCCUGGAGAAGCGUGAGUCAGAUACGCUCACUGUAGGCUGGUUAAUAACAAUUGGUGCUGUUGCAGUGGUACUAGUAUCGCUGCUGACAAUUGGUGUCUGCUACAUUAUGAACAAAUAUAAACAAAUGUCAAAUAUGCGACUGUUUGCACAGGUUAAUCCUGACUAUGCAGGGGUCACAUACAAGGUAGACGAGUGGGAAGUUCCUCGUGAGCAUAUAAUUCAACUAGAAGAACUCGGCCAAGGUUCGUUCGGUAUGGUCUACAAGGGUAUCAUGACGAAGCUGGGGAACGACACAAACGUACCCUGUGCCAUUAAGACUGUCACGGAGAAUGCUACUGAGCGAGAGCGCGAUAGUUUUCUUAUUGAGGCAACGAUUAUGAAAGAAUUUCAUACGCACCACGUUGUAAGACUCUAUGGUGUCGUUUCUGUCGGCCAGCCGACGCUAGUUAUCAUGGAGCUGAUGGCGAAUGGUGAUUUAAAAAGCUACCUCCGGCGUCAUCGGCCGGACUACGAAAAUGGUGAAGAAUCGUCACCACAGCCUCCAACACUAAAGCAAAUCUACCAAAUGGCAAUUGAAAUUGCUGAUGGAAUGGCUUACCUUUCGGCGAAAAAAUUCGUCCAUCGUGACUUGGCUGCACGAAACUGUAUGGUAGCCGAGGAUCUAACUGUUAAAAUAGGUGACUUUGGUAUGACGCGCGAUAUAUACGAAACAGACUAUUAUAGAAAAGGUACGAAAGGAUUUUUACCAGUACGAUGGAUGGCUCCAGAGAGCCUGAAAGAUGGCAUGUUUUCAAGCAGCAGCGACGUAUUCAGCUAUGGCGUUGUCCUGUGGGAAAUGGCGACCCUUGCCUCACAACCGUAUCAGGGAUUAACCAAUGAUCAAGUAUUGCGAUACGUUAUAGACGGUGGUGUCAUGGAACGUCCAGAGAAUUGCCCUGAUAAGCUCUACGAGCUGAUGAGAAUAUGUUGGCAACAUAGGGCUACAGCACGACCUUCCUUCGUGGACAUUAUUCGAAUGCUCUUGCCAGAUGCAAAUGAUCAUUUUAAGAUGGUAUCCUUCUUUUUCUCUCCAGAUGCCAUUGAUAAUUCCGUCCAGCCUGGACAAGCAUUGUUGGAUGACGUUACAGAACCAUUACGUGCCCACGAGGAUGGUUUCGACGAAGAUGAGGAUGAUCCUUAUUCAAUAGAAGGAACCGAUAGUCGACUAAUGCAGAAUAAUGGGCCUAAACCUGAUAUUCGGUCGCCUCACUCUCCGCAAAGAUUUUUCUUCAAACAUCACAACUGCGGCAUGGAUGAAAUAAUCAUAUAUAAUUCGUUGCGUAUGUUUCGUGAUUAUCAUUAUGUCUCUAAUAUCAUAAAUGCAGGAAACAGCGAAACUCCGAUGGUUUUAACAGACGCGCCAAAUAUGGAUGAAACUUAUAACUUCAUUAAUAAAUCUUUAUCUCGGCAGUCAAAAUAUCAAAUUCCAAAAUCAAGUUCCAAUAACUAUGAAGUACCUCAGAUCAACUCUAGUGCUUUCUAUACUACACAUAUUGAAGAGUAUAGCAAAGACACAGCAUACAGUUACGAUAAUUGUGCUACAUUUGAAGGAAAUACAUCGUACUUGAAUGUAUCAUGUGAAACUAUUCUCAACUAUAGCAUUCCAUUGUAUGGGUACUGCAUUCCUUUUGUACUACUGAUUACGCUGGCAGCAAAUUCGUUAAUAAUCGUUAUUCUUAAAAAAAGAACUAUGGCUUCACCGACAAAUGUUAUACUUAUGGCAAUGGCUCUGUGCGACAUGUUCACUCUUCUUUUUCCGGCUCCUGGAUUAAUUUACAUGUACACAUUUGGAAAUCAUUACAAGCCUCUGGCUCCUAUAAUAGCAUGCUAUGUGUGGAAUGCACUAAAUGAGAUUCUUCCCGCAAUGUGUCACACAGCAUCAGUGUGGCUUACAUUAGCCUUAGCGGUACAAAGAUACAUUUACGUUUGUCAUGCUCCUGCAGCUCGAACUUGGUGUACUAUUUCUAGAGUAAAGAAAUGCAUUGGCUGUAUAUUUUUUGCAGCACUGUUACAUCAAAGUUGUAGAUUUUUUGACAGGUCGUAUACACUCAUAACCAUAGAAUGGGGCGGUCAAUUAACGAACGUUUGUCACGUCGAAACAGCUAAAUGGAUACACGAAUACACUAGCGAAGACUUAUAUUAUACGUCUUAUUUUACGUUUCGUAUUUUAUUUGUUCAUUUGAUACCAUGUGCUAGUCUUGUAACCCUCAAUAUUUUACUUUUUAGGGCGAUGAAGCAAGCUCAACAGAAAAGGGAACGACUUUUUCAAGAUAAUAAAAAACGUGAAAGUAAACGAGUACGCGAUUCUAACUGCACUACACUUAUGUUGAUCGUUGUGGUUACGGUAUUUUUAGUUGUAGAAAUACCAUUAGGCGUCAUAACUGCUUUACAUAUUAUUUCAUCUCUUUUGUAUGAAUUCCUGGAUUAUUACAUAGCCAAUUUAUUUAUUUUAUUCGCAAACUUUUUCCUUAUCGUAAGUUAUCCCAUUAAUUUUGCUAUUUAUUGUGGAAUGUCGCGUCAGUUUCGUGAAACCUUCAAAGAAAUUUUUUUGAAAUCAAAAUCGUUAAUUCAGAUAAAAAAUGAAUAUAGUUCGUCUAAAUACACUUCAGUGAAUGGACCGCGAACAUUUACCAAUGAAACAGUUAUUUAACCAAAUGAAUUAUAUACUGUUUUAACAAGAUAGAAAUGGACAUAAUUUCAAAUCGGAUGGAAAUAAUUUGUUUAGGAUCAAUUUAUGAAUUAAGGCCGAGCUCACCCGGUAUAAGGUGCCCUUUCACGGUUUGGAGAAGGAAAUGUCUCCAAACCAUCGUGAAUUGUAUUCUUUUUUGUAAUUUAGUUUUAAGCAAUACAGCCAGGCCGUUCUUCAUGAAUAAAAAUUUAUGAAUUAUGAGCUAUGAUUAUGAUUAUAAUUAUAAAUGAUAAUUUGAAUAAAUUGCAACAUAUGUUUAUGUUUAAAAAACUUUAACUGCCGUACGUUAAGUGCAUCGCAAUAUAUGGCCAUAAAUGCA